AUGUCAACUGCAUCACAACCCAGACCCGUGGAAGCACAAUAUCAAGCUGAGUUCUACAGGGGAUUUGUCCAUACAGCAGGGCAAGGUGUACCGAUAUCCACUGAAUGGUCAAGAACCAGGGAUGGUCGAGUGGAUUUCUAUAUUCCAGAAAAGAAAUGGGCGGUCGAAUUGCUGAGAAAUCAUAUCCAAGUCAAUGAACAUAUCUCUCGAUUCAAGGAGGGUGGAAAAUAUCAUCCCUGGCUGAAGGAGAAAAUGGUCAAGGAUUGGAUCAUAAUUGACUGUGCAACUUCUUUGCCAACAAAUGAGUUCACUGAGCCUAGGCUGUGGCAUGCUGUGUUUAUCAAUGAUUAUUCUGUACUGCAGCUGUAUAACCAUCAGCAAAGUCUUAUGAUGUCUGUGCAUCUAAAGAAUUGA